AUGCCCAGCUUUGCAACUCUAAGAUCUCUCUUCAUCUGUUCACAGCAAAAACUUCUUCUCAGCCUAUUAACAAUAAAAGGCAUCAAAAGAGCGUUUUGGACCUGGGAAGAUGCCAAGACCAAGGCUCUAAUUGAAAUUUGGGUGGAGGAUGGUCCUCCAAGAAUAAGGCCUAUGAAGAAUAUUACAGCGGUGGCAGGAAGAAACACUUUCAUAAACUGUAGAGUAAUUGGGUAUCCUUAUUACUCGAUCAACUGGUACAAAGAGGGAAUUCUGCUUCCUGACAACCAUCGUCAGGUGGUGUUUGAGAAUGGGACACUUAAGCUCAGCGAUGUUCAGAAAGGCAUGGAUGAGGGUGCCUAUGUGUGCAGCGUGCUGAUCCAACCACAGCUAUUCAUCACACAAACUGUUUAUGUCACUGUCAAAGUUCCCCCGCUGAUCCAACCAUUUGACUUUCCCCCGACCUCCAUUGGUAAAUUGAUGUACAUCGCCUGUGUGGUGGCAUCAGGAGACAUGCCAAUCCGCAUCACAUGGCGUAAGGAUGGCCAGGAGAUCGUACCCUCAUCAGGGAUCACCAUUGAUACAAAAGAGUUCAUGAGUUCCCUGCAGAUUUCCAAAGUGUCUCUAAAACACAAUGGCAACUACACAUGCAUUGCCAGCAACGAUGCUGCAAGUGUCAGCACAGAAAGGCAGCUCACAGUUACAGUCCCGCCACGAUUCGUUGUACAGCCCAACAACCAGGAUGGGAUCUAUGGAAAGUCAGCAAUCUUAAACUGUUCUGUCGAUGGAUAUCCUCCCCCUAAAGUGAUGUGGAAGCAUGCCAGAGGAGCACUAGCUGGGAUUGGAAACCCACAACAGUACCACCCGGUCCCUCUGACAGGUCGUAUUCAGAUCAUGACUAAUGGCUCUCUGCUAAUCAGACAUGUCCUGGAGGAAGAUCGAGGUUUCUACCUGUGUCAGGCCUCCAAUGGUGUGGGUUCAGACAUCAGCAAGAGCAUGGUCCUAACUGUUAAAAUCCCAGCAAUGAUCACCAGUCAUCCCAAUACUACCAUGGCAAAGAAGGGCCAUGUGAAGGAGCUGAACUGCACAGCCAGAGGAGAAUGGCCCAUCAUCAUCCGCUGGGAAAGAGGUGACACAGUGAUUGACCCAGAUCGCAACCCUCGGUACUCCAUAACCACAAGCCCCAAUGAAAAGACAGAUGAGGUGUUGUCUACACUCAAGCUAAAGCCGGCCGAGCGUGAGGAUUCAGUUUUCUUCUCUUGUCAUGCCAUCAACUCUUAUGGAGAAGGACGAGGCCUUAUUCAGCUCACUGUGCAAGAGCCUCCAGACCCUCCAGAGCUAGAGGUGCGAGAAGUGAAAGAUCGUAGCAUGAAUCUUAGAUGGACACAAAGAUUUGAUGGAAACAGUGUCAUUACCUCUUAUGACAUUGAAUACAAAAACAAGACAGAUACUUGGGAACUGAAACAUGCCACUCGAAAUAUCUCUCCAACAAACAAUCAGGCCAACAUCGUGGACCUUCACCCUGCCUCUGUCUACAGCAUCCGUAUGUUUUCCUACAAUGCAAUAGGCAAAAGUGAGGCCAGUAAAGAGCUCACCAUCAGCACCGAAGAAGCACAGCCUGACGGUCCUCCAAUGGAUGUAAUCCUUCAGCCAGUGACCUCUCAAAGUAUCCGAGUCACUUGGAAGGCUCCAAGGAAGGAGCUACAGAAUGGGGUAAUACGGGGUUACCAAAUCGGUUACAGAGAGAAUGGCCCUGGCAGCAAUGGCCAGUACAGUAUUGUUGAGAUGAAAGCCACUGGGGACAGUGAGGUCUACACCUUAGACAACCUGAAGAAGUUUGCUCAGUAUGGUGUGGUCGUCCAGGCCUUCAACAGAGCAGGCACAGGGCCUUCAAGUUCAGAAAUCAAUGCAACAACACUGGAGGAUGUGCCCAGUCAGCCUCCUCAGAAUGUACGAGCCAUCUCUGUUACAUCAGACCAGGCAGUGAUCAACUGGGCAGAGCCUCCUAGAAUGACUCUCCAUGGUGUAUUAAAAGGAUAUCGUGUUGUGUUCUGGGCUGUUUUCCCAGAUGGAGAGUGGAGUGAAAUGCAAAACAUAACAACCACAAAAGAACAAGUGGAGCUUAAAGGCCUGGAAAAGUUUACCAACUACAGCAUCCAGGUGCUGGCCUUCACCCAGGCAGGGGAUGGUGUUCGGAGCAACGUCCUGUACAUCCAAACCCGUGAAGACUAUCCUGGACCCCCAGCUGGAAUUAAAGCAGUGCCCUCCUCUGCCAGCAGUGUGGUAGUGUCUUGGUUACCCCCUCACAAGCCAAAUGGAAUUAUCCGCAAGUACACAAUCUACUGCUCCAGCCCCGGCUCUGGCCAACCGCUUCCAAGUGAGUAUGAAGCUAAUCCAGAACUCCUACUUUAUCGAAUCACCCACCUGAACCACCGACAGCAGUACCUGAUCUGGGCUGCUGCUGUCACCACUGCGGGCCGUGGAAACUUUAGUGACAAAGUUACCGUGGAGCCAGCUGCCAAGGCUCCUGCCAAAAUCCUAUCAUUUGGCGGUACAGUAACCACUCCAUGGAUGAAGGAGGUGCGUCUGCCUUGUAGUUCUGUGGGUGAACCAACACCUUCAAUAAAAUGGACCAAAGACAGUGAGGAUACAGCGAUCCCAGUGUCUGUCGAUGGACAGCGCUUAAUUCUGACCAAUGGGACACUAGUGCUGCGAUCUGUGAAAGCUGAAGACUCUGGUUAUUACACAUGCACAGCCACCAACACGUUGGGCUUCGACACCAUAAUAGUCAAUCUUUUAGUGCAAGUGCCUCCAGAUCAGCCUCGUUUGACAGUAUCCACCACCUCCACCUCUUCUAUUACCCUUGCCUGGAUUCCAGGGGACAAUGGAGGCAGCUCCAUCAGAGGUUUUGUGCUGCAGUAUUCAGUAGAUAACACAGAAGAAUGGAAGGAUGUUUUCAUUAGUUCAACUGAGCGUUCAUUUAAACUUGAGAACUUGCGCUGUGGGACCUGGUAUAAAGUCAAGUUGGCUGCUAAGAACAGCGUUGGAGCUGGACGCAUAAGUGAGAUCAUUGAGGCGAAAACCCAUGGGCGAGAACCUCAGUUCAACAAGGACCAGCCUAUCUUCACCUACGUUAACUCCACCCACGCUCGCCUCAACCUGCAGGGUUGGGCCAGUGGAGGCUGUCCAAUCACCUCUGUGACACUGGAAUUUAGACCAAAAGGUAUGUGGACAUGGCAGAAUGUCCGUACCAACGCCACCACAGACGUGUUUUUGGCAGAACUUCGUGAAGGCACCUGGUAUGAGUUGAAGAUGAAGGCAUGUAACAGUGCUGGCUGUGGCAACCAGAGUUCUCAGUUUUCAACACCAAACUAUGAUGGCAGUACGAUUCCUCCUAUUAAAUCCCCCUUGGAAAAAAAUGACGAUGUGAAGAAAUUAUUUUCCAUUGGCUGUCCUGUGAUUCUGGUCACCCUUGGUGUUGCACUGCUGUUUGUCGCCAUUCGCAAGAAACGUAAAGAGAAGAGACUGAAGAGACUACGGGAUGCUAAAAGUCUGGCAGAGAUGCUCAUCAGUAAAAACAACCGCAGCUUUGACACACCAGUGAAAGGACCUCCUCAGGGCCCACGGCUACACAUUGACAUCCCCAGAGUGCAGCUGCUAAUUGAGGACAAAGAAGGCAUCAAGCAAAUUGGAGAUGACAAGGCUACUAUUCCUGUGACAGACACAGAGUUCAACCAAACUGGGAAUCCUCAGAGCUUCUGCACUGGUGUUUCUGUCCAUCACCCUGCCCUCAUCCAAAACACAGGUCCUUUGAUAGACAUGUCUGACAUCAGACCAGGAACCAACCCAGUGUCACGGAAGAGUGUUAAGUCAGCCCACAGCAUCAGAAACCGAUACUCCAGUCAGUGGACUCUGACCAAGUGUCAGGCUUCUACGCCAGCCCGCACUCUCACUUCAGACUGGCGCACAGUUGGUUCUCAGCAUGGCAUCACUGUCACAGAGAGUGACAGCUAUAGUGCCAGCCUCUCACAGGACACAGAUAAAGGGCGCAACAGCAUGGUGUCCACAGAGAGCGCCUCCUCCACCUAUGAGGAACUGGCAAGAGCCUACGAGCAUGCAAAGCUGGAGGAACACCUGCAACAUGCCAAAUUUGAGAUUACAGAGUGCUUUAUAUCUGACAGCUCAUCUGAUCAGAUGACCACAGGUACCAAUGACAAUGCAGACAGUAUGACGUCUAUGAGCACACCAUCAGAGCCCGGUAUCUGCCGGUUCACUGCCUCACCACCCAAGCCCCAAGACUACGAUCGUGGCAAGAAUGUAGCCGUGCCCAUUCCACACCGAGCCAAGAGUGACUACUGCAACCUUCCCCUCUACAUGAAGUCAGAUCCUUUUUUCCGAAAGCAGUCAGAACAUCAUGACCCAUGUCCAGUGGUUCCACCACGCGAGGCCUCUAUUCGGGGUUUGGCCCAACGGGCAUACCACAGCCAGGGCCGUCACGUGACUAUGGACUCUACAAAGCAGCAGGCUCUGGCCGUCGGCCAUUCCGGGCUUUCAAACCUCACUUCUUCUGGGGCAUCCUCUGGAGGAGCAACAGGAGGCGGCGGUGGAGGAAGUGGAGGGUUGUCUGCUAGCUCCAGCAGCUCCACCCUUCCCCAGCGGACUCUCACUAUGCCUAGCUCCUCUGCCUCUGCGGCUCAGAGUGCUGCUGCCGCUGCUGUAGCCACUGCUGCUGCAGCAGGAGCAUCAUCUUCCUCUGGCGGUGGCGCAGUAGGGGCCACAGGUGGAACUCCUGGAGGAGCAUCUUCGUCCUCCUCCAAAAUGGGAGGUUCUAGAGACUCUCUCCUGGAGAGCAGCUCUUCGGGAUUAGGCAGACUACAGAAGCAACGGGAUGGGGCAUCAGGAGCCUACUCCAAGUCCUAUACACUUGUGUAGUCUGCCAUUAACGAGGCCUGUCACUGUAACUCUAAACACAUUGCUGGUUAAGCCAGCGCUUGCCUGGAGCCUCCAUGGUGAAUCGGGGUGAAGAACAUACACAUGCACAGCUUACCCGUCAGUGCCUGUGCUGUGCCAGCCUGCAAGGAGCUGUAUGGGCUCCCUUUAACACAACUGUUUAAUGGGAUCAGAGUUGGGUGUCCACAGCACAGGGGCUUGCCUUUCUUUCUGCCUGAUUGUUUUCUCUUAUAUUUGUGUCAUUUCUCUCUUUUUUUACCACCCUGGAAAUCACUUGCCAAAACAAAAAUGAUUUAUCUUUUCAGUCCAUAUUUUCAUUUUCUGGCAAGGACACAGAACUUAUGCACAAAAUGCUUUUUAACUUGCACUGUCUUGCUUCCCAUAACAAGACAGUUGUAGAUUUAACCAGGUUGCUUACAGUGUGUGUUAAGGUUUAAUAUUUUCUCCUUUUUUUUUUAAAUAUAUAACUUUUGUGUUCUCUGAUGGAAGAUAAGUUCAUAUCUCAGCAUUGUGCCAUGGCAGGAUGCUUUUGCUGUAUGCACAAACCACCAGCCUUGGUGUUACUUUGGCUCUGUAAGGUUAAUCCAUCAUAGAUCCAUACAUUAGAGGUGGUGGAACAACUCUUGUUCUCUUGUACAUGCAAUGGAUGACUCAGCAUUGUGGUCAUAUUUGAAGUUUUUUAUAGAGAGACCUAUAAAAGAGACGGUAAAAAUUUUAAGCAUCGUUGAGCGAAUUCUAGAUACUUUUCCCCCUAAAACGUUUAAUAUAAUACUAUGUGCACUACGAAAAAGUUAGAAUGGAUCCAAGUAACUGAAACGUCACAAGCUUGUGGAGAUAUGUAUGUGUGUGUGUGGGUGUGUGGCUGUGGGUGUGGAAAUAUAUGUGUAAAUAUAUAAGUGUACAUGUGGCAGGAACACACCAACAAUGGACCUUUUUAAAAUCAAUCUUUAUGCUGAAUUAUUGGGCAGAAGUCUGUGUGUAAACAGAC